AUGGACGGGUCGGCGGAGCGCAGCCUCCCGGAGCCCAGCAGCCAGGGCUCGGCGGCCGGCGGCGACAUGGAGAUCGUGGUCAACGUAGGGGGCGUGCGGCAGGUGCUGUGCGGAGACCUGCUCAGCCAGUACCCCGAGACGCGGCUGGCCGAGCUGGUGAACUGCCUGGCGGGGGGCUACGACGCCAUCUUCUCGCUGUGCGACGACUACGACCCGGGCAAGCGCGAGUUCUACUUCGACCGCGACCCGGACGCGUUCAAGUGCGUCAUCGAGGUGUACUACUUCGGGGAGGUGCACAUGAAGAAGGGCAUCUGCCCCAUCUGCUUCAAGAGCGAGAUGGACUUCUGGAAGGUGGACCUGCGCUUCCUGGACGACUGCUGCAAGAACCACCUGAGCGAGCGGCGCGAGGAGCUGGAGGAGAUCGCGCGCCGCGUGCGCCUCAUCCUGGACGACCUGGGCGUGGACGCGGCCGAGGGCCGCUGGCGCGGCUGCCAGAAGCGCGUCUGGAAGUUCCUGGAGAAGCCCGAGUCGUCGCGCCCGGCGCGCGUGGUGGCCGUGCUGUCCUUCCUGCUCAUCCUGGUCUCGUCCGUGGUCAUGUGCGUGGGCACCAUCCCCGAGCUGCAGGUGCUGGACGCCGAGGGCAACCGCGUGGAGCACCCGACGCUGGAGAGCGUGGAGACGGCGUGCAUCGGCUGGUUCACGCUGGAGUACCUGCUGCGCCUCUUCUCGUCGCCCAACAAGCUGCACUUCGUCCUGUCCUUUAUGAACAUCGUGGACGUGCUGGCCAUCCUGCCCUUCUACGUGAGCCUCACGCUCACGCACCUGGGCGCGCGCAUGAUGGAGCUGACCAACGUGCAGCAGGCCGUGCAGGCGCUGCGGAUCAUGCGCAUCGCGCGCAUCUUCAAGCUGGCGCGCCACUCCUCGGGCCUGCAGACGCUCACCUACGCGCUCAAGCGCAGCUUCAAGGAGUUGGGGCUGCUGCUCAUGUACCUGGCCGUGGGCAUCUUCGUCUUCUCGGCGCUCGGCUACACCAUGGAGCAGAGCCACCCGGAGACGCUGUUCAAGAGCAUCCCCCAGUCCUUCUGGUGGGCCAUCAUCACCAUGACUACGGUGGGCUACGGGGACAUCUACCCCAAGACCACGCUGGGCAAGCUCAACGCGGCCAUCAGCUUCCUGUGCGGCGUCAUCGCCAUCGCGCUGCCCAUCCACCCCAUCAUCAACAACUUCGUCCGCUACUACAACAAGCAGCGCGUCCUGGAGACAGCCGCCAAGCACGAGCUGGAGCUCAUGGAGCUCAACUCCAGCGGGGCCACCGCCGAGGGCAAGGCCGGGGGCUCCCGCAGCGACCUGGACAUCCUGCCCCCUCCUGAGCCGCCGGGGAAGGAGGGGCCGAGCUGGGGCAGCCGGCUGAAGCUCUCCCACAGCGACACUUUCAUCCCCCUCCUGACCGAGGAGAAGCACCACAGGACCCGGCUCCAGAGCUGCAAGUGACCGAGAUGUCCCAGGCCGUGGACGGAUGGAUGGACCGAGUGGCAGGUGUGUCCGCGGCUGCCCUCGAGGGGCUGCCCUGGGUCCCCCCUCAGCCUCUCCCAGACGUUCUCUCAAGGCCUCCCGGGGCCCAUCUGACCGGGCUGGGUAAGACGCCUGUGUGUGCUGGCUGUCCAAGAGCCGGGAGAGGGGUGCAGGAGACACAGGGCAGCGUGGGCGAGCCGAGUAGCCUGGCUGGGUGGGAGCGCGCGCCCGCUUCUGUAUCUCCUUCAAUAAAGCCUCC